UGACUAAUAAAUUGCAUAAUUGGCGAGUGUUUGUGUGUACAGCACGUAGAAGCGGAGUUUACAGUUAAUUUAGGACGGAAUUGGUUGAAAUCUUAUAUUGUUUGGUUUCAGAUGUAAAUUUCACGACCUUCUAAAUAUCCGACACGAUGUCAUGUCGCGGCUGUGCUUCUAACUUCGGCUUCUUCAGGAAAGAGGUUGGUUGUCCAAACUGUGGCUUCUCGUAUUGUGCAAAGUGCCUCAAAUAUAAGGUCAUUGUACCUAAGCUUGGCACAUCACCUCAUCUUGUUUGCCAGGACUGUUACAAGAAGCUUGAAAAUCAACACAUUGGCUCAUCUGAACCAGUGUUGCCACCCUCGCAAGCAGUUAUAAAGAGCUUAGAAUCUUUGGAGAAUCCUGCUAAACCACCUAUCAUUGUGUAUGUACAAGAUCAACGUUUGAAGAAUCUAAAGCAUGGAAUGACCAGUGUAGAUCGUGAAAUUUUAAAUCGGCUAGAAAAACUAAGGGAAGAAAGGAAGCAACAACCUGCACCAAAUGAAGAAGAAAUAGCAAGGAGGUUGGCGACCUUAAAAGGACAGGAUCCAGAUUACAUGCAAGCCAUCUCAAGAAAGCAGGUUUAUAUGAUUCCCGAUACACGGACAGAUACUGAGAAGACACACAAUUUAGUUAAACAAUUUAUGGAAGAAGAUGCACUAGCAGCUAAAUUAGAAAAGCCAGAAGAUGAAAUAACUAGAAGACUUGCCCUUUUACGUGGAAAACAGGAUAAUUCUCAAAAGCAGCAAGAGAAGACACUUGAGGGUGGAACAGACACUGCAGUAUCUGUGGAUAAUCCUGAUGCGUUACUUGCGAAGCUUACAAGUGAAAUGUCUGAUGCUGGAGAGGCUAAAGAUUUGUCAGAAAGGAUGAAGAAAUUAAGUGUUAAAAAGAAGAUGUCCAUUGAUGGAAGUAGUUCUGAUGAAGAAGAAAUUACUGAAGAAGUUAUUAAAAGGGCAGUGGAUGAAGUGUCUCUGCCAUCAGUGGAAUCAUCAGAAACAGGGACUCAGAACAAGCAGUUUGCAGAAGAUAUGGAUACAGAAUUACCUUGGUGCAUUAUUUGUAAUGAAGAUGCAACAAAGAGAUGUCAUGGCUGUAAUGGUGAUCUCUACUGUGAUAGAUGUUAUGCAGAAGGCCAUGAUGUCUGGGACAUGAAAGAGCACAAGACAAGUCCAUUCAAGUGAUCCAUUUGUGUUACAUAUUACACUGCUGCGAUCUGAUUUUUUGUUGCAGAUAUUAUGUAUGCACCCAUGUCAUUUGCUUAAAAGAAGUAAUUUAGCUUUUCCAAUUGAUAUGAAUGAAAAGUUAGUCACUAACAUUAUAUGAGCCUUAUGGAUAAUAGCUUGUUAUAUUAUGUAUGCUGUGCCUUAAGUAACUUUUGAGACCUGUUGUUAUUAAAUGUUACCAAAUGAUUGAACCACUCUGCUGACCAAUUUAAAAAAUGAAAGCAUUUGUUAAUUA